AUUCUUUGUUAACUUCCUUUGAAUGCACUCUCUAGCAUGAUCAAGUGGGUGGGAGAGCAACCGAUUACCACGCGGAGGAGAAGAAGGGUACUGGGCGCAUAUACUUAUGCGUAGCCCGAUGCCGGCUGGUAUCGGCCCAUACGAGCGGGUGGGGGUGGUGAUCCAAUGCCACCAGACGCGGGUGAACUAUCCCUUCCUUCAGUGCGAACGGCGGCGGCGGCUGCUGCUGCAAUGAUAGAGCGUGUUCGCGCGUUCAAUUUUCGGAGCUUGACAGGAAAUCGGUGUGGCGGGAACACUGCGGCCCAUUGUGGCCAUCGUGGUGGGCACGCGGCUCGCGUGGGUUAUGAGGAACACGGGCCAAUCCGUGGCUAGUCAGUGCCCGCCAAGAGCCCGGCGUAGCUGGACGUUUGUUUCUGAAUUUGCCAUUGUGACUUCCUCUAGUGGUCUAGAUUAGAUUAAAGUGUACCAAUCGCUACAGUUGAUUCAACCGCCCCCCAUCCACCCAUCACUCAUCGUACAAGGUGGUAUGCUUAAAUAAUUCUAACCGACCGUCUGACCGAGUGGGAACCGAAAAUGCAGUCAAGGCGUUCGCCGGUGGGCAAGCUUGCCCGUUCUCUAGUGAUACUGGCAAUCGUUGGCCAGUGCCUUUCGGUGGCCGUGGAAACACCCGAGCCGGCAUCUUUGCUACGACCUCGCGAUGUAAAUCCACACCCGUACCGGAACCCGUACGAAGGCAUUGCCAUCUUCGACCGGAACCUAGCGACCAACAGUGAGAAAUUCUCUCAAAAUCUUCUCAACCAAGGUCCUGUGCAGUUUCCCCGCGUACGAGAUGGGUCUGCAGUGAACGAAUUGGCUUACCCUUACGAGGCGCUCGCACUGAAGGAGCGGCAGCAGAAGAUGGGUCGCUUUGCUGGUGCCGAUAGUCCCAUUGUGAAACCUGCCUACCAAGCGUUGGCGAAGCAUGCGGCCAGACUGCUAGGCAAAGGAUACCAGGUGGAUGACAUCGACUUCUUGAAUGAGGCGGCAACGGAUGUGAAGAAAAACUACGUCUUCUCGUACGCGGUGAAGGACACGGCUUCGGGGGAUGACUUUUCGCACACCCAACAGCAGCAGAUGGAUGGAGCGGUUAAGGGUAGUUACAAGGUGCAGUUGCCAGACGGUCGAAUGCAGAUCGUGAAGUACAUCGCAGACAACAACGGAUAUCGGGCGGAUGUAACGUACGAGAAUGAACCAGUGGCCGCGGUACAACCAGUGCCAGUCGUCAGCCCGUCUACGCCUGCUGCGUAUGGCUACUAUCAGAUGGCAGCUGUUGGCCAGCAACAGCAGCAGCAGCAGCAACAGCAUCAACAGCAGUACAUUAUUAACCAACAACAACGGCAACUGUACUACCCAGCAACGCAGUCACAGAUCCCGGCCCCUUUCUAUCCGGCUCAAUUGAGACCGGGCGAUGUCAAGAUCCACAGUUACAAUACGGCACCACAUGCCGGAUCCGUAAUUGCUUCCACGACGACCCAAGCUACACCGGCUUCGGAGGGUGGUACGUAUCUGGCCACGUUUCCGGCACCGGCCAACCUGGCCUACAUUGCGACACCCUCUUCAUCAUCCCCCAUUACGGGCACUGUACUCACGACUGGUGCACCGCUGCCGGCGUACCGUGACAUCCAUGUGCCGCCACCAGCACCCGUUCAACCCAUCGGAGUGGCCUUCGCUUCGGCUGGUCGACGAACUACAGUUUACACGGGAACAGGACCGCGCAAUACGCUGCCCGCCGGCCCUGUCCGAUUGCAGCAAACGGUUUACCAUCAAGUUCAACCAACGUUCAUAGCUGACGCCGGACAGGGAGGAGUCACGGGUGCUAGCAAUCUGAAUUAUAUUCAGGGAUACGUACAAAUACCGACGAACGAAAAUCGGGUGUACAGACGGAAUACGGAUCGUAGUACGGAGGUGCUUCCGAAUGGGCAUGGCCAGCGAUCACUGGAUCACGAUUUGUCGAAAAAGAGUCAAACGAAACGUCACGAACAGCUCCAGAAAGCGUCGUCGGUAUCGGCGUGA